AGCGAAUAGUUUAUCAACGUUAAGGUCCAGAUCGGAUUUUCUGCUAUUUUACAGAAUGACCAAUGUUGUAAAAUGCAAUUAUAACGUAUUGGUUAGUUUUGUCACUUCUGAUCACAGAAUAAGGCGAAAAAGUCAAAAUAGUUUCAGCUGUCAAUAAACUUCGUCUCCCUUGUUUUGAUGUUGCAAUUUCGUUUGAUUGAUAAAUGUAGUUCAGUGACUAAGUCUCUUUUGUUCAAAACCAUUCAUUUGGAUUAAAUGUGUUAAAAUUCCAAUCAUACGAGUGUUAUAUCUAAAAAUUAGACUAAGGCACACAAUCAAAGGUAAAUUUGGUGACUUUGAUUUUGUUCAUUAAAUCUUUAGUUCUACCCUCGAAUAGUUUUGAAAAGUAAUGUACACAGACCGAACAAGAUAUCAGUAAAGGGAAGCAACUCCGGAAACUUUACUAGAAACUAACUUCCGGUUCAAUUGUAAACAACACGUCGAUCCACGAUAAUACCAAAACUCCGAUUUAAAGUAAAGUAUAUACCGCAAAAAUGAAAUGGUUUGAUGGAACAAUAACCCAAGCGGUUCAGACGUCAAAAUCUCGAAAGUCUGUUUUCAUCGUUUAUAUAUCUGGUGAUGACAAAGUUUCAACAGAAGUAUCUAAGACUAUAGAAGAUAAGAAAAUAGAAGAAUUGCAAGAUGAAAAUCAUUGUGUUGCCGUUAAAAUGCAAGCCAACAGCGAAGACUGUGGAUUCUUCUCCCAAAUAUAUCCAGUAGUUUUGGUACCAUCUAUAUUUUUUAUUGGUGAAAAUGGAGUACCAUUAGAAGUUGUUGGAGGGUCUAUUACUGCCCAUGACCUACUUUCAAAGAUGGAGAACGUUAUUGAGACCAAUAAAGGAAAAAUACCAGCUGAAUCUGUACCUGGUUACAAACCACCACCAGUAACAGCUGCAACGACAGCAUCAACAUCGCAGGAUGGUGCCAGUUCAUCUGCUGCUACUAAUACAUCAACAUCUACCACACCUAGUCCUACAAAAAGUGAAGAUCUCUCCACAAAACUUUCAAAAGCUGAAGAAUUGAUAGAAAAGAGGAGAGAAGAGAAACUGAGGAAAGAGUUUGAGGAAAGAAAAAACAAAGAAGAAGAAAAGAGACAGCUAGGAAAAGAUUUACAGAAAUUAAAACAGUUUCAAAAAGAAAAGGAAAUGCAAGAAGUACAAGAACAGUUAAGGAAAGAUAAAGAAGCUGACAGAAUUGCUCGACAAAAAGUGAAAGAACAAAUUGCUAGAGAUAGAGCUGAGAGGUCAGAGAAAUUCAAUAGGGAGAAGAAAGAAAAAGAAGAAAAGGCUAGUGAGGCUAAAAAAGCUAAAUUACAAGAAGAACAGAAAGCUGCUGUUGAAGCCGAAGCAAGACGAAGUGAAACAGCGAGAAUUCAGUUCCGUUUACCUGAUGGUUCUUCAAUACCAAAUAGUUUUCCAUCUACAGAUACAUUACAAUCAGUGUUAGAUUUUAUCACACAGCAUGUUGGUGGACCUGUAACAUUAUCAACUACAUUCCCUAGAAGAACAUUUGAAGACAGUGAUAUGAAUAAAACAUUGAUAGAUUUACAACUAGCACCUUCAGCUGUCUUAAUAACUGUUCCUAAACGGUCAUCUAUUGUUCCAAAAACACCAGGAGGAUCAGGAGAUAUUUUAACUCUAUUGUUGGCGCCAUUCAUGUUCAUAUUAAAUCUGAUUCGGUCUCUAUUUGGUGGGUCAUCAGCUAGUUCUUCUGCUUCUUCUUCUACUCCUUCCUCUUCUUCUACACAAUCUUCACAGUCAACAGCUAGUGGUGGUGAUCGGAAACAAAAUCAAGCAUUUAAACGACAGACAGACAGUAAUAUUAAAAGAUUUCGUAAUAGUCAAGAUGAUGAUGAUGAAAAUGCCACUUGGAAUGGAAAUUCAACUCAGCAAAUGUAAACAGAGUUGAUAAUAUUUUAUUAUUUUGUAUUACUGCAAUAUCAGCAUGUUAUUUGGUGAAUCAGUGGAAUAUCUAGGGUUGUAUCAAUAAACAGUUUAUAUUGUACAGUCCUAUUACUUUAUGGACUAACUAAUUAUUGAUUUCCUAUUUCAAUAUUCUAAUUAGCUGGAAUUACUAUUUGAUAUUAAUGAUAUUAAUAAAAUACUGAGGCAUAAAUUGCUCAUAAUAAUUGUUUUAAUAACUAAACAACAGUAAUAACAACUGUAAUAGAUAUUAAUUAUUCUGGAUAUUGCCUCACUUUUGCAAAAAAAAAAAUAACUGUUCAAGCCUUUUCCUUUCAUGGUUACAAAUUAUUUGCCUUUUUACAAUUUAUUACAUAAAAUAUCCUAUCUUUAUCUUCAAUCUAUUUUAAAUUGGAAUAAUUUAUUCUUUUCUUCUAUUAUUAAUAGCUAAAGUAAAUAUAUUUUCUUCGUAUUUUUAAAUAUUGAUAGAGUAGGUAUUUUAAUAUUCAUUCUCUAUUUUUUGACAAACUGUUUUUUCAACAAGGCUGCCAAACCUUCUGCUUAACUUGAACUAUUUUUUACUGCUAAACUUUUUUUGAAUAAUUAAUCAUCAGUUAGUUAGUAAAUUUGACCUUUCUACCUUAAUGAUAAUACUGUAUGAUUUAUUUGAGUAAAAUCUGCUUGAAGAUAUCAGAUCUUUAGAAUAAGGGAUAUGAUGAAAAUCUCUAGAUAAUGAUUGAAGAUUUAUGGUAGAAAGUGUUUUGUGGCAAGAAUCAUUAUACAAGUGAAUUUUACAAUCAAACAAUUUUGACAUUAGUUAUAUAUCUUAUAUUUUCCCCAAUUAAUUAACAAGAAAUGUUAUUGAAUUGUGUGUAUAUAUGAACUGUUGAUGUAUAUUUGUUUAUUUUAUUUAAGUAUGUAAUGAGAAUUUUUUGGUGGCUGAUGGGAUUAGAAAAUGUGGUGUAUAACAUACCUAAGAUUAAAAUUUCAGAUAUUAAGAUUAGUAGCAAAUACCAGAAAAAUAGAAUUGUUUAAAAAAUAAAAUUAGUAUAUCUGGUAUAUUUAACCGUUGCAUAAUUUAUAGUUAGUCUUUAUGUCGCCUAAAGAAAUGUCAUUUCUUUAUUAUGCUACAGAAACAUUGAAUACUUUAGUCAUGUGCAAUUACGGCAAAUAAAGGCUUUUAAACCAUU